CCGCAGACCAUAAUACUCUUCCAUGGACCGCGUGAUGCUCAAAACCCUUAGUAUUCGAUCAUUCUGCAUAGUUAUUCAUUAUUAGCUAGACCAUUAUGUAUCAUAUCGGUAAUCAUUCGGAUCGCGUAUAUGACAGAUUCCUGACCGCAAGCUGUGGUGACCUCAAAAUAUGCUUCCAAAACAUCAAAUGCAGCCAUCUCAAGUCUAGGCCUUGAUACUGACUAGGAACUAACUAUGGCGGAUAUUAUCAACGCUAUUAAGGCGAAUGACGUGUUCGAACUGAACAGAUUAUUGUCCCAACCGGGUCGCUACGUCAACACGCCAGUCGGUGGUGGACGGCCACCUCUCCACAUCGCAGUACAACGAAACAGGAAGAACAUUGCGGGAAUCUUGGUUUCAAGAGGAGCAGACGUUAACGGUGCUGAAACUGAUGGGAAAUCACCUGAUGGUGAACCGUAUUGCAAAGUAACUGAAAACAAAUACAUCAUUGAUUUGCUUCGCCAGAAGAGAAAAUAG